AUGUCAUCCGAAAUAAAAGAAAACGAAAUUGAUGCUAGCGAUGAAGUUACUCACCUUGAGUUCGUGAGAGAUAGGGCAUCUGCCUCCAGUAAAAAUAUUGCCCUUUUGGAAAAUUUUUUAAAGUCUACACAAAUUGCCAGAUCAUAUCCCUACUUAGAAUCUCUCAAUGUCCGCGGUAAUCAAGAUAUAAUGGUCACUCCAUAUGUAAAAUUGCUCAAUCUUGCCAAAAACCACGCAAUCCCGAUAUUGGCUUUUGCGGGGAACAUAAAUGACGAUUUCCUCGAACAUCUUGAUAUUGGUGCCUGUGAUGCUUCUGAUGCAUCUAUCUCUAUUCAUAACAUUGCUCAGCAUUGUUCAAACAUGGAAUUUCUUUCUAUAUUAGGCAUAAAUAUCAUUAAAGAUGCACUGAGCAAACUUAAUUCAAAGAUCAAGAUAAAGCGGUCUUCAACAUUUGAAAUGGACCCAGAAAAAGAACUUGAUGAUCUCCGGACAUCACUUGUUUAUUUAGCGCAGGAUUUAUGGUCAACUUAA